AUGGCGGCUGGCGAUGUCAUCACCGACGCCGUCUCCUACGCCGGUCGCCACGCCUCCACGUGUGGAUACUGCGCGUCUACAACUAACACCUCCGUGGCCGACGGCGCGAUCGCGCAUCGCUUGACGACAGCGGUGUACAACGACUUGAUUGAAGACGGUUGGAGACGCAGCGGGCGGUACGUGUACAAACCCGUCAUAGGAACCACGUGCUGCGCCACGCACGUCAUACGAUUGCGUUGCGUAGAAUUUACUUUGAGUAAAUCGCAGAGGAAGGUGAUGCGGCGAAUAGCGCGGACAACGGCGAGGACGAGCGAGGACGAAGACGACGGCUCCGGGACGGCGGCGGCGAACGAGCGACUGGAGAUCACGACGGCGCGGUCGAGCUUCGUGCGGGAGGAGUACGAGCUGUACGAGAGGUACCAGACAUCGGUGCACGGUGACGCGCCGGAGGACGUGAGCGUGGCGUCCUAUAGACGUUUUUUGGUGGACUCGCCGUUCGACGACGAGCCGCCGGGGCCCGGGACGCCGAGCACGGGAUUUGGAGCGUUUCAUCAGCAGUACAGGAUCGGCGGAAAGCUCGUCGCCGUCGGUGUCGUGGACAUACUUCCUAAGGGUUUGAGUUCGAAGUAUUUCUUCUGGGAUCCCGACUACGCUCGACUGAGUCUGGGCAAGGUGAGCGCGCUCAAGGAGAUUGCUUUCGUGCUUGAGGAACAGAGACGAGGAGCGAGAGGUUUCGACUUCUAUUACAUGGGUUACUACAUUCACGAUUGUCCAAAGAUGCGGUACAAGGCUGAGUACGCGCCAAGUGAGAUCAGGUGCUCGACCACCCGUCGAUGGGUGCACGUGGACGACGAAGACGUGAGAAGGCGACUCGAUGUGGGCGAGCACCGUCUCCUGAGCGACGAGCCCGCGCUUGAGCGCGCGAUGUGUCCUGUGGAGGAUUCUUUGGUCGGGGUAUCGAUGCGUGGUCAUCUCAUAGGUGUAUGUGCGCUACGUGAGUUUCCCUCGCUGGCGAAAUCGCUCGUGCUAUUCGGGAACUUGAAUUACCGAGACGUCGUGAAUUAUGUCACAGAGGAACAAACUGAGUGGUGCAAUAGCGCGGGUACUUCGGCGUUGAGAAUCGUAAAUGUGAUUGCAGUCGAGCGAGCGUCGCGGGGCGAGUUAGAGGAUGAUGAUACGGAAAAUGAAGGCAGUGAGGACGACGAGAUGUAUUAG